AUGCGCAGAAUACCACGCCUCUCGCGGCCAAUUGACCGCGCGCUCAAAACCGCCGCCGCUCCCCGCCGCCCUCUGCAACAAUGCCGCGCCUGCGCCUUCUCGACGACGACGCCGGCACGCGAAGAGAAGCCCUUCACCGAACGCCUGCGCAAUAAGAUCUGGGGUACCGACUACGCACCAGGCCGUGAGGACCCUUACUCGGUCACGUCGCCCAUGCGCCCCGCGGAGCGACCGGCGGCGGCGCCGCAGCAACCCUCGAAGAAGACGAAGGCCGCUGCCGUCGCCGCGGCCUCUUCCUCGGAAGAAGCAGCAGCAGCCCCCAAGAGGUCGGAGCAAUCAUUGGAGGAUUUCGACCCCAACUACGCACCCGCUAAGACGUGGCACGGUCUGGAGUGGGUUGGCGGCAAAGAGUGGCAGAAGGAACAGGAGCAGUUACCAUCGUUCAAACGCUUCGCUAUCCCGUCGGAGAAGAAGACCGAUGCGAACGAGAUCGCUGCUGCGCUGAGGAGGGCGUUGGUUGAGGUGUAUACGGCAAGGAGCGAGAAUAAGCCGUUGAAGAGCAUUUACAGCAGCUCGAAGAAGGAUAAGUCCGUCAAGGUCGAGCUGACGGCUGCUGAGGACGGUAGUGCCAUCAUCAAGCAGAAAGCUGCCGACCAGCAGACUUCCAGCAUUGUGGAAGCGGUGGAGGAGGCCAGGGCGUGGAAGCCCAUCUCUCUGCGUGAUCCACAAAUCAAAUUCGCGGUCGUCAAGCGCGUCAUGCAGCUUACCGGUAUCCGCAUCACUGACCCUGUCAUCACUUCGAGCAAUACCGCUGGCGUCUUGCUCAGCAACAUCACUGCCCCUCCACCGCCUCAGAAACUUGCCGAGAAGCUCGAGAACAACCAGACGCUGUCUAAGCUGCCCAAUGUCAAGAUCUCCAGCCGGAGAAUUACGCCCAUUGACAAGGAGAAGCAGGUUGGCAGGUGGAAGGUUAUCGAGCAGAAGCUUCUGGACAAGAACCUGCCUGUCGUUGGUCACGAGAUCUAA